AUGGAACAAGAUCAAUUGUACCCUAAUCACAAAAGUUCACUAUCAUAGACGAAUAAGUAGUUUUACCCAAAGAAAAAUGCUAUUACUAUAAAUCUACAAGCAUCAGAGAAUAGUUCACAACAGCAAGUUUCUGUUUAGAGCAGACCAUAAACAACCAAGAAUGAGAGGCAAAAUAAAACAUCAUCUUAAAGUUUUAACUCUUAGCUUUCACAAGAGAGGUUGAGCAUUACUAAAGCACCCUCAGAGCUCAUUAGGGAAAACAAUUAAUCAAAGGCUGAAAACAAUGGAGUAAAAGGCAUGUAUACUCCUAACUAGGUUAAAGUCAUGCUAUAACAGGAGGAAAACUAAAAGCUGUAAUUGCUCAAUAAUAAUUAUUUGUUACAAAAGAAGCAGGCAUUGGAAUACUUUAGAAACAAUUAUAUUCCCUAAUCAGCAAGGAAUAGUGAUUAUAAAAUCAUAAAAAAGAAUAAUCUGCUAGAAAAGGAUGGAUUUUCCAAUUAGAAUGCUUAAAUGAAUACACUAGACUAUAAAAAUAAAAAUAGCAGAAAUUUUCAUCUUAAUAUCUAAGAUACUUCUCAUGAUAAUAACUCUGCGGGUCAUAUGAUACAGUCAGCAAUUAAAACAGUCACAAUUGACUCAAAUGAUCAUUAAAGUGUGAAAUCGAAAAACAGAUAGUCUGAGUUAAAUAAUACAGCUAGAAAUAACACUCAAUAAAAUUUAAGCAGCAACCCUUAUAUGACUCAAUAAUCUCAUUACUCAGUAUAAUCUGCAAGACUACAGAAUAUGAAAAACAUCUCUUCAAUUGGGCCAAAUAAUAAUAGCAAUGAGGUAAGCACUCCGAAUCAUCAGAAGAGAAGUAAAACUGAUUUAAUGUUGGGCGCAUAGACAAGCAGAAAAACUAAUAUGAAUAGUUAGAUCAUUUAGAAUAAUAAUUCAAUUGGGCCCUAAACAUAGAUGACUCAUCAGAGCUCUUUCGGGGGUGAAACAAUGAAUCAAAAUAAUAGCCCAUAAUUAAAUCAGCAAAGAAGUGCUCCUCCAACAACAACUGCAAAUUUUAAUCAGAAUACAGCUACAUACAACUAGUCCUUAAUUUUUUAUGAAACUCAAUACAGAGACAAGUUAAAGGAGUUAGAGUUAGAAAGAAAGCUUAAAAGAAGGCUUGAGGACAGAGUAGAUGAGCUCUAAAGUGCUUUUCACCAAAUAGUUAAUGAAAAUUAAAAGCUUAAGGAGGACUUGAAGGAAAUCAUGGCUGAUAACAAAGUAUUAAGUGAGCAUUUCUAAGCCAUUUAAGAGCAGUAAAAAAUGCAUGAGCCUUAUACCAAUGAGGUGGAAGAUAAGAACAUCAAACUCAAUUUGGAGAUUUUCACUGUAAAAGAGGAGAUGAAAAUUCUUAUAGAUGAAAGGACUUAGGCUCAGAGAAGAGCGGCUUAGCUAUAGAAUCAAGUAGAUGAAAUUAUGAAGGAAAAUAAGAAGUGGAAAGAAGCGAAUGAUUAGCUAAAGGAAAGAAUGCAGUCAAUCAGAAACAUCAACAAGCAAUUAGAGAAUAAGGCAAAUUAAAACUGGGUGAUGAUGAGAAGGAAUGAUAUUUUUAAAGAUACUGAAGAUCGAAUGGUUAAAGCUGAAAAUAGAGUAAGAGAACUAGAAGAGUCUCUCGGACAGUUUAUAGAGGAUUUUGAAACUCUAAAUUGCGAUCUGUCAAUAUGCGCUUAAAAACUUGCUUUAGCUGAGGGCAGAGUGGAAUUAUUAACUAAGAAAAAUUAAGAACUUGAAUCUGAUAAUAUUUAGCUUGCUGAGAAAGUCGAUGAAAACAAUAGAAGACUCUCAGCCUAAUCUCUAUCAAUAGAUUAAGAGCCAAUUAAAGAGGAAAGAAAACCUGGCUUUAAUACUGAUGAUAUUAUGAAACUCCUUGAAACAUAGAACAUUCAGAUUAUAACAUUAACUAAAACCUUAGAUAAUUUGAGGAGGGACAAUAGAGAGCAGUUCUAGAAAACCCUUGAGCAAUAAGAGUAAAUAUUUAACUUGCAAAGCAAAGUUUAAGGUUAUGAAAAUCACAUUGGUAUGAAUUAGUAUAUUAGUGAGAGUUAGAGUUCGAUAAGGGAGACUCAAGUUAUCAACUAAGCUAGUGAAAAUAGGAAAAAAAUUAGUAUUAAUAAUGAACCCUAGAUCUUGUAAAUCGAAUUCAACAGAUCAAGUUAGUACGGGGGAAGCAAUAAUGAGUCUCAAAGAGAAAUUGUACAGGAUCCUCCAAACCAAUCAUCCCCUAGAAUUGACGAGGAGUAAUAACAAACCAGAAGAAACAAAAUUUUCCAACUUUAACAAACUUUUGGUGGAGUUUCCUACACAGCUUCGUCUAACUUUGAGAAUGAGCUGGGCUAAGGUGAUAAUGAUACAGCAAGGGGAUCAAAUACUGUAAGAUCUGCUGUCAAAGAAUUCAGUUUCAAACAUUAGACUAGCAGAGAUUUUGAUGCUAACAAGGUGUUUGAAAAGUUAAACAUGAGAGGAGAUAAGGGCUCUGCUAAAAAGCCAGAUAUGAGAUAAUCUCACUAAGACCCUAUUAUUAAAAAACCACUAUGA